ACGGUUAGAUAAAGUGUAAGUUUUAAUCUGAUGGUGUACGUUUUGAGUAGAAAUGUUACCUCUACUGGGGGCUUCUUCCUCUGUCUCUUGUACUGCCUCUGGCUGUGUAAUAAAAGUUGCGUAUUUCAAUCUCAGGACAUUUCUCAAUCCCCUAAGCUCUCGAAGACUGGGAGUGAGAGCUCAAUCUUCAAUGUCGUACGACGCACAACUCCACGCCGCUAAGAAAGCCGCCACUCUUGCUGCUCAUCUCUGUCAGAAAGUUCAGAAGACGCUGUUGCAAACUGAUGUGCAUUCAAAGACAGAUAAGAGCCCAGUCACCGUGGCUGAUUAUGGUUCUCAGGCAGUGAUCAGCCUUAUAUUGCAGAAGGAGUUGCCUUCUAAUUCCUUUUCAUUAGUGGCCGAGGAGGACUCAGAAGACCUCCGCAGAGAAGAUUCAGAAGAGACUCUUCUGCGCAUCACAGAAAUUGUUAAUGAUACUCUCACUAGCACUGAAUCAGGAAUCACUUCUCCCUUAUCUAAAGAAGAUGUUCUUGCUGCAAUUGACAGUGGCAGAUCUGAUGGUGGUCCUUCUGGUUGUCAUUGGGUACUAGAUCCUAUCGAUGGGACUAAAGGGUUUCUAAGAGGUGACCAGUAUGCUAUUGCACUGGGUUUACUAGAUGAAGGGAAGGUAGUUUUGGGUGUCCUUGCCUGCCCCAAUCUUCCAUUAGCUUCUAUUGCAUACCAUGGUUAUCAAGACAACUACGGUUGUUUAUUUUUCGCUCAAGUUGGAGCUGGCACCUAUAUGCAAACUCUAGAUGGCUCUCCUCCUAAAAAGGUACAUGUCACAGACAUUGAAAACCCCGCAGAAGCAUCAUUUUUUGAAUCUUUUGAAGCAGCACAUUCAAUGCAUGACUUGUCUAGCUUGAUUGCAAGGAAACUAGGCGUGAAAGCAUCACCUGUUCGAAUAGAUAGUCAGGCCAAGUAUGGUGCAUUGUCCCGAGGAGAUGGAGCAAUAUAUUUGAGAUUCCCACAUAAAGGCUACCGUGAGAAGAUAUGGGAUCAUGCAGCUGGAUAUAUUGUUGUUUCUGAAGCUGGAGGCAUAGUGACAGAUGCUGCAGGAAACCCAUUAGAUUUCUCCAAAGGAAGGUACCUGGACUUGGACACUGGCAUCAUUGUCACCAACCAAAAGUUGAUGCCCGCUUUAUUGAGAGCUGUUGGCGAGUCAUUGGCCGAAAAAGCCUCAUCUCUGUGAUCCCAUGUGUACACACUCAUUUAUGCAUAUACUCUUAACUCUGAAUAAUUACUAUCCUGUUAUUCUUUUAUUUGAUAAAGGUACUUAGGACUUCUGUUUGGAAAAUGGUACAACAGUGUUAAGUCAUUUUUCUUGAAAAUGAAAGUGAAAAGUAAGCAUUCACAGGUUGAGCCUAGAAAGGAACAUCAGAAGAGUAGUCAUGAGGGUGCCUUCUGAUGGUGUCUCUAAGUGAAAUCUCUUGCUCAAGGAGGUUGGCAGGGGGGACAUCAUAUACAUCUGUGAAAACUUCAGUAAUCGGAGGUUUCUCCGCCUUCUCUGCCACUUGAAUUGCAUAUAAGACCUGCAACCAGUGGUUUCGAUGAAGGUCAGUGAGUAAUUUGGUAUGGAGUAUCUUCUAGUUGGUGCAUUAUUUAUUUUGGUCAUAUGUUGCCCAACUACAUGUGAACAGAGGUACAUAACAUGAGUAGAAAUGUUUACCUGCUUCCUUAUACUGGUUUGAAGUUGAGAUUCCGCUGCAGAGUCCCACCAACCUUCUCUUUGAAUCCACUUCCUAAACCUUGUCACAGGAUCCUGAACCCUUUUCCACAAUUCAAUCUCAUCAGAUGAACGAUAUUUUGUGGAGUCAUCUGAAGUGGAGUGAUGUCCCGCUCUGUAUGUGAGCGCCUGUGAUGAUAAAUUUAAUGUAAUCAUUUCUCGAUGACAUACUAUUGAAUCAAACAAAUGUCACAAAUUUUAGUAGUGAUUACUCGGAUGGUCUGGGUCUGAUUAAUGGAAAGAGUGGAACUGUAACUGGGUAUAUUUCAGUCUGGUCCCGGUUUAUGUGUGGGGUUUCAGUCCAGUUUAUAGGGUUGGUCUUGGUUCUGUCUCUGACCCUAUAAAAUCGGAUCAGAUCAGGCCAGUUCCUACAUUGGAGGAACUAAAACCGGACUGGGUUUCAACCAAUUUCGGUCUGGUUUUGAAUGGUCAGUUCUAUUUGAACUAGGGCGAAACUGUGUCCGGAACCUAUAGGUGGUGGUGGGGAUGCGAGAAUGAAUGGUGGUGUCCCCGAAACCCUCAUUUCUUGAAAGGCUUUUUUGUAACAUCAAUAUCAUAUGGAGAUCUUUUGCUGAACUUUGUGCUCCCCGUAACUUAAAUUCUGUGAAAAAAUAGAGGGGUAUGAAAGAACCUCAAUGAGAACAGGCUUAUGCUCCUUAACAGCAAUCUCACGAGCUGCACUAACAGCAUUGAAGAUGGCAAGAGCAUCAUUUCCAUCAACACGAAUGCUGCGAACUCCAUAUGCUUUGCCCCUGCUCACAACUCCAUCACCUACAUGUCAUCAAUCAAUAGACAUUAAACAUGGUCGGGAGAUUUUCUAUUCGCAAAUAUGUUAAAACAACUCAACAAUCAAGGUAGGGAGGUUUAUACUUCGGAACUGGUCUCUAACAGGUGUACUUAUUGCCCAACCAUUGUUCCUGCAAAAGAAGAUCACGGGCACCUCCAUCACCCCCGCAAAGUUUAGUGCAGCAUGGAAAUCACCCUAAAUGAUAAUCCAUUUAGUACACCAAAGGCAAAUCAAUACAAAUCUGGAUCAAACUACUGAGCGUGACAUGAAUCACAUGAUCGAAUAAUACCACCCAAGACCCAAAAUAAGAAGUCGUGUUUGGUCAAGAUACUCCGACAAGUGGAGACAUAUUUGUCAAUCCAAAAAGGUGGAAUUGCUCGGUCCAAGACUCCAAGUGCCCCACACUUCCACUGACAGAAUGUGUGGAGGAGUAAAUGACCAUAUGAUUUCAAACAAGUUUGAGUGAAGUUGUUCAGGGCUUGGUGCACACCAGAAGUCACCAAAUUGGAUGAAUUUUUUAUGCCACAGCUACUAGGAAUUGAACUUGACCUAAAUCCAAUUGCCUCGGCUACUGUUGAGCUACCCGUGCAAGUAAUGGAGACAUAUUUGUGGUCUUAUUUGAUGAAGAACUCACUGUUGCCAUCAUUAUUUCAAAGAAAAUGAUAAAACUGAUAGGAAGAAAAACAUCUUUUAAAAACAUCAAACAUGUACUAACAUAUAAGAACAAAAACACUUCAUUGGCGCAAUGUAUAGAGGUGCAAAGUAAAAGCUAAUCUGCUUCAUGCCAUAUGUAUACUAAGUCAGUUACUCGAGAUGAAACUGAUAGGAAGAAUAUAAUAUGUUUACCGUACUGGAGCCUCCAUCUCCAAAAUAUACGACAGCACAUGCAUCCUGUCCAUCCAUCUUCAAAGAAUAUGCAGCGCCAACCGCAUGAGGAAUUUGUGUACUAAGCCACAAUAACCAUUCUUUAAAUUACUUAUAUAUGUUCUAAAAAUGUGGUGAAUUACAAACUGCACAGUGAAAAUAAGACGAGUCUUACGCGACAGUUGAUGAGACAGUGAAGUAAUUGAGCUUGUUAGAUCCAUAAUGGAUAGGCAUCUGCCUGCCUUUCCCAUUAUCAUAUUUAUUUCCAAAGCACUGAUUUGCAAAUUCCUGUAGGGUGAAUCCCCUCCAUAACAACACUCCAGGCUCCCUAUACUACAAGGAAAAACAUAAAGCAAAUAUCGUUUCCUAUUUUAUUUAUGGUUCUGAUAAUAGACUCUUUAUAAUAUUCCUUUGACGUGAAGGUUAUACAAAUCACUAGAAAAGGGAGAAAACUAUUAACCCCACUCUCCUCAUUACUGCUUAUUUUGCUCGGAAGCUGACUGUUCAAAAACAGGUGAAUGAACCAAACCAAAUAUACCCUCUAUGUCCCACUCGAAGUAGGGUCCAGGGAGGGUGAGAUGUACACAUACCUUAUUUCUAUCCACUGGAAUAAAGAUGUUUCUCUGAAGACAUAUGCUGAGGAAAAAUCCAGGAAGGUUUGGAAGAUGUUUAGAGUUUUUUUUAUUUAUUUAAAUUUUGUAAAACUUUGAAGAAUAUAGAGCUAUAAAAAAACAGCACAAAUAAACAUUCAAAGGUGAAAGGUACUGUAAACUGAUAAAAACUGCUGGGGCAUUAAGGGCAAGAAAUAAAGUAACAUAAACAGCUAAAAAAGACAACAAAAAAUAGGUAAAUAAGAAAGCAGAUAAAAAGUAAAAAAAAUGGACUAGCUAUCACCCACACAAAUGACACAAUGCAACCCGACUCCAAGAGUGGUUGCUCUCAACUGAAACAUAUCGUUUUAAAUUAUAGUUAUCAAUGUAUAUUGUUAAGAGUCUGUCAUAAGUCAUAAGCAAAUAUUAAAACAGGACGAGCUGUACAGUUUUGGCUUCAACUAGUGAAAUGAUUGCAUUCAAUAUUUUAGUUUGGUCCAGUUGAGUGAUCUAAAUCCAAUUAUGAAUUCUACAGUAAACUAACAGUAAUGCUCUAAACACAAGUAAGGAGGCUGAACACAUCAAGAUGCAUGAAAUACUUAUUUACUAACCUGAGGAAAGAUGACAUCAUCCAUGCGUAGUGCUGCUGCUGAUGCAAUGUUGAUGGCCUCUUCUCCAAUAGUAGUGACGUAGAAUGAUAUCCUUCCUUGUCUUUGUGCUUCAUAGAAAAUGGUAUCCAUUGUUUGAAGAGUGACCAUGUCGGUAUAUAUUUUCUGAGCAACCUUCUUGUCAAUCU